UGCAAACACUAUGGUAUUUCCAUCCUCUCCAGCUCCAGCGCAGAGGAUAACACCAGGUAGUUGGAAAGACAUCGGAGACAAGUGUGGGAAGCCGUGGAGGACAUAAGCUUUUCCCCUGGUCUUUCAGCUAAGUAGCACCUCUGAGAUGAUGAGUUACUAUAUGGACACAACCAUCGGCAACACAGCCCCUUACCCUUUGGCUCGCCCCGGCAUGAUGAAGCAAGGUGCCGCCGGCCCCUGUGAGGAUCCCUGGGUGACCUGCGGCUUCCAGUCCGCCUGCUGCCAGCCGAGGAUGUGCUGCCCGCUCUGGGACGAGCCUGCCACACAAGAAGUGCCCACUGGCCUGGAGCACUACAGCACGGAUAUGGAAUGUGCGGAUGUGCCUUUACUAACUCCCAGCAGCAAAGAAAUGAUGUCUCAGGCAUUGAAAGCCACCUUCAGUGGCUUCGCAAAAGAGCAACAGCGGCUGGGAAUCCCCAGAGACCCCCAGCAGUGGACGGAGACGCACGUGCGGGACUGGGUGAUGUGGGCGGUGAACGAGUUUAGCCUGAAGGAGGUGGAUUUCCAGAAGUUUUGCAUGAAUGGAGCUGCCCUCUGUGCCCUGGGCAAGGAGUGCUUCCUGGAGCUAGCGCCUGACUUUGUGGGAGAUAUCCUCUGGGAACAUCUGGAGAUCUUGCAGAAAGAAGAGGUAAAACCAUACCCAGCAAAUGGAGUGAAUACAACAUAUCCAGAAUCCCGCUAUACUUCAGACUACUUAAUUAGUUAUGGCAUUGAGCAUGCACAGUGCGUGCCUCCCUCGGAGUUCUCUGAGCCCAGCUUCAUCACAGAGUCCUACCAGACCCUCCAUCCCAUCAGCUCGGAAGAGCUCCUGUCCCUCAAGUAUGAGAACGACUAUCCCUCAGUCAUCCUGCGUGACCCAGUCCCGACGGACUCCCUGCAGACAGACUACUUCACAAUCAAGCAAGAAGUAGUAACGCCAGAUAACAUGUGCAUGGGACGUGCCAGUCGAGGUAAACUGGGCGGCCAGGACUCCUUCGAGAGCAUAGAGAGCUACGACAGCUGCGACCGGCUGACGCAGUCCUGGAGCAGCCAGUCCUCCUUCCAGAGCCUGCAGCGUGUCCCCUCCUACGACAGCUUUGACUCGGAGGACUACCCCGCCGCCCUGCCCAACCACAAGCCCAAGGGCACCUUCAAGGACUAUGUUCGAGAUCGAGCCGAUAUGAACAAGGACAAGCCUGUCAUUCCUGCUGCUGCCCUUGCCGGCUACACAGGCAGUGGACCCAUCCAACUGUGGCAAUUCCUGCUGGAACUGCUCACUGACAAGUCCUGUCAGUCCUUCAUCAGCUGGACGGGCGAUGGCUGGGAAUUCAAACUUUCUGACCCAGAUGAGGUGGCCAGGCGAUGGGGCAAGAGGAAAAACAAACCCAAGAUGAACUACGAGAAGCUGAGCCGCGGCUUGCGCUACUACUACGACAAGAACAUCAUCCACAAGACGGCCGGGAAACGCUACGUCUACCGUUUCGUCUGCGACCUGCAGAGCCUGCUGGGCUACACGCCCGAGGAGCUCCACGCCAUGCUGGACGUCAAGCCGGACGCCGACGAGUGAAGGCGGCCGGCCGGGGCGGCUGCGCGCCCCGUGUCAUUUAGGAGAGUCGAUGGGACUUUUUCUGUUGGUUCUUUUUUAUUUUUGCUGUUAUUUUUGUUGUUCGUUAUUAUUUUUGGUUUUUUUAAAGAGUAACUCAGAUUUGAUGCUUUGAGGAUGUUGGGAGAGAGGGUGGCGGAAGAGGCAAACUUUUGGCUGAAACCUAAAAAGUUUGGUUCGGAGAAGGAUGGGGUUUUUUUUCCUGAAAGCUCCAAGACAGGCUUUUUGGGGGUGAAAUUCUGAGUUUUGAGAAAGCCAGAAAAAUGUAGCUCACUUAAAAAAACAAAAAACCAAACCCCUCCCCAUCCCUUGCUGUUUAGAAAAAAAUCUUAUCGAAAGGAUCCCUUUGGUUUUUGUGUUCAGGAAAUGACAGUGUUCCCGAGGAUUCGAGGAUUUUAAACUUUUAUUGGGGCGGGGGGAAGGGAGGGAAAACCAAAGUGGGUGAAUAUUCCUGCUUCGGGGAGGGGCAAUAUAGGAAAAAACCAAGAACUGGUUGUCAUUCUUGUUACAUCGCCUUUCUGUCGGUUGUCUUCUUUUCUAGAAAAGACAGAAUUUUUGCCAAGAGGGAUCAAGACUCUUUUUUUUUUUAUUUGUUAAAGUUUUAUUUUAUUAAUUUUUUUUUUGUGCCAGUAUUUUUUUUUUCAAAUAGUCUUAAGCUCUAAGAUGGUCUCAGUAUUGCAAUAUUGUGUGUGUUUGUUUCUGUUAUGCCAGCUGAGAGUUUUAUCUACAGUGAGGAAAAAGGAAAAAAAACAAAAAAAAAAAGGAAAAAACCCCACAAAUUAGUUUAUGUAGACCCCACUGGAGAAGUGUAGCGCUACGACUCAGCAUCUCCGAAUCGUAUGUGAAGGAAAAUUAACUCCGAAGUGGCUCCUCGUGAUGCUGGCUGGGUGUGCCGCUCUCGCUUCCAGUCCCACACGCUUUGCUCCGCCGUUUGCUGAUAAAGCUGGUUGAAAUUUCCGCUUUUUUUUUGUUGCUGUUAAAAAAAGGGGCUGCGUUUGUGCACCAAACCCAUCCAGAUUUUCGGGGAAAAUGUCUUUUUGCGUUUUCCAAAUCCCUUUUUUGCUUAAGGAACGCGUUGGUGCUUUCAGAAAAUUCAGGUUUGGUUUUUUUUGGAGGGGAAAGGGGAGAAAUUCCCAUGUUUUGAAUGUGGUAAAUGGAAAAUAUACAAGUUGAUUGGGGGGGAAAAAAGUCAGGGAAAAGUUGAAAAACCAAAGGGAAAUAUUUUUUCCUUCCUGUUUCAACCAGCUCUGUCUUUAUUGCUGUAUGUCUUAACCAGCCUGGGCACACGCAGAAAGGAAAUUGUCCUUGCAAAUGGCUUCUUUACUGCUCUUUGUAAGCCUGAUCCUGCAAACCCUUGUCAGGGUGUGAUUAACAUGAAGCAUAUGACUGGUGUUGCCGGGGUAAACGAGAGGUCUCGCGUGCUUGAGGCGGUUGCAGGAUCAGUCCCGGGGUAGCUGCUCCGUCUGUCCCCCAAACCUUUUGCGGCGUGGUUUGCGUUCAGAGGGGUAAAUCCUGCCGCACCGAGCGCUUCCUGGGAUGCUCUGAGCGGAUCGAGGCUGACAGCUGCCUUCGGGCUGGGCUCGGUGUGAGCUAGAGGAUCAGGCAGCGAGCGUUUCCGUAUCCAGACAUGACCCUGAAGCCGGAUCCGUGUGGAUCCCACUGCCAAAACGGGGCCUUUCGCCCCUGAGAGCCGCUGGGCGUUUUCAUUUUUAAGACAGUAUUACACAUUUGAACCAAAAGUACCUUUUUUUUGUGUGUGUUGUCUGUCUGUCUGUCUGUGUGUUUUAGGUAGUUGCUUUCAUUACAGAAGCACUGUGAGAUGGUAGUGGGGGGCGAGGUGGGGAGAGGCUUUCCAGACAUGCUCACCGAGCGAUGCCUGCCUGAUCCAGGCUGAUACAUCGGGUCGGCAGGACAGGACUCUGCGUGCAAAGAGCUGAAAUACUGGGGCACGUAACCCCCCCGCUCAGGGGCGGCGUUGGAUGGGGAGCUCGACCCCAGGGCAAGGUGGUGCUCAGAGGUGCUGGGCUCUCCUCUUCCUCGGGAGCUGGGGGGCACCCAGCACCUCUGUAUCCCCGCUUGGUCAUUUUGGGGUGAGUCAGCCCCAAAACUGCUGCGUGCUUAAAAAACAGGUGAUGGUGGAGGGGAAACGAGUAGGCCAAGAGGGAGCUCCGGCCAAGGAGGAUGGUGGUUUAGGCAAGGGAGGUUAUUAGCUAUGCUGUUAGCUCGUGGGGCUGGGGCUGCGCAUCAUCCCGCUGAGCAUUCGGGAAGAAAAGGGUGGGCUGGACGGAGAGGAAGGAAAGGGAUGGAAGGGAGGUGGAAGGAGCAGGCACCAAAGGAGGAAAGGGACGCUGCCCGCUGCGAGGUUAAACGUCAGCUCAUCUCCUCGGGCAGACAGGGCAGAGGGGAGAAAGCUUGGCCGAGCUGGAGAGAGGAAAGGAAAACGUAGAUAUCGUGGAUGAGGUCCCCCCCACCGGCAAGGCACUGGGGCAGAGCUCUGCCGCAGAGCCCAGGCUGAGAAGGGAGUCGAGCAAGGUGUGACGGCACAGAAAUGUGCAAGGGAGGAGUGGUUAAAGAGCACCCCAACAGGACACGCCGCCGGGGUUGGGUUUUCAGCAUUUGGGUGGCUCUUUUAGGUGUUCAGGAUUGCUGUCUUGCACACAGCCGCAAAGGACCCUUAGCUUACCCUUCCCGGGCCACUUCUGAUGUUGCUUUGAAAAAUUCCCCCUUACACCCUUUUAAAGGGUGCUGCCAGGAGGCCAGGCGCCCCAUCUCCUGCCCUCGGCACCACGCCGUGCCCCAGGAGGUGUCUCCUGCUUUGCUCGGAUGCUCCACUGCAGCUGAAGUGCCUUUUUCAAGCAGAAAACAGGGAUAAAAUUUCCCUCCGACGGAAGGAACCGCAGGCUCGGGUACCAACCCCAUCCCUCUGCCAGGCUGAAUCCCUAAUCCGCUCCGCCGUGCUUAUUUUUUCAGGUUUCCAGGCCAAACCUGUGCGUUCCCAGUGAUUUGGGGUAGAUGGUUUAAAGGUUAGAAAGGGCGAGUUGUGGAAAGCAGCUCUGUUUUUUGGAAGUAGCCACUGGCUGGAGCUUCUCCAUCGUUUCUCCUGGCCGUUUGCCAUCCCGGCUCGCAGCCCGGGGCAAGCGCAGCAGGAGAGGGGCAGUACAGUCCUAGGGGCGUCAGGUUUACCAUCUUCUAUUUCCCUUUACUUUUUAUUCCCGUUCUAGAGACCAUCCCAGAGAGGACUGUGUCCUGUUUAUACACUGGAAAUUUGCGGAUUUGUUUUUGUUUCUUUUAAUUUUCUUUCUGCUUUUUAAUUGCCUGUUGACUUUUGGCGAGGGGCGUGCUCAACCGAUGUGCUGGAACCCAAACCCUCCGACCUCCUAUUCUUGGAGGCCACGAAAAUUUGGUUAACCCACACACCCCGUGCUGGACCAGAAGGAUGGGUUUGAGAGGGAUGAUGAUGAUCUGCCAGGGACGGGGCUCGCUCCGGUGCCGGUUUCGCUGCGUGGGAGCGAGCUUCACCCUCAGCAGAUACACGUGGCUUUUGGAAAUUGGGUAAUUUUGUCUGGUUUUGGAAUGUCUCAGGCGUGUUUGGGAUAUUUUCUGUGUUCUGCUCGGGAUCUGCUGUUCUCCAUGCAGGGGCACGUCCCCUUUGCAAAACCUGAGCCCUACCCUGGGAGCUUAGCUCCUGCAGACAGCCUUCCAGGGCCUCGGCAGUCGGUGUCUGGGACCUCAGUAAAAGGAAGAAGAAAAAAACCUGAUGAAAAAUAUGAGCACUUUUUCUGCUGCCUGUCUCUCUCCAUCUCUGUGCGUAGGAUGGUCGUAACCCGUGGACGCUCGUGUGUGUGCAAGUCUAGAUCCAUUUUAUUUCCACGCUACCACCGUCCCGCUCCAGGCAUGAUCGUUCAGGUGGAGAAAUAGCCAAACGGGGCAAGAAAUAGGAGCUAUUGUCAGAUUUAACCUUCUCUCGUCUUUCCAAACCAACACCUCCUCCAAAAAAAAAGGUCCCCGUAAGCACCGAUAGAUUCAGACGCUGCGGGAAACGUCUCCAUCUUCUGACUCUUGCUCUUCUGGAGGGUUUUUCUGCGGGGCUUUAGGGCUUGGUUGCUUGUUCCUCGUUAACGUCGCAAAAUUUGGAUGCCUUGGCGUGCUCUGCUCUCUGGUAGGGUCUAUAUAACAUCUGUGAGCUGUUGUCUACAUUCCAAAGAAGUUUAAAUAAAUGAUAAAUCUAUGUAUACGUAUAUGUUAUAAUGGAAUAUCUCCAGGAAUUAACUGCCUCAGUAAAAAAAAAAAAAAAAGGAGAAAAAAAAGUCUGUGUUUUGUUUUGUUUUGUUUUUACAUAUGGGACUUUUUUUUUUAAGCUGAUAAACAUAGAAGAAGAAAAAAAAAAGAGAUUGUUAUAUUGUGCUGUUCGACUAUUUUCCAACUUGUAUUUUCAUAUAAUUUAUAUUUUUUAAAAGUGGAAAAAAAUUUUAAAAGCGAGAUUAAAAACAAGAAAAAGCAGGUGCUUUUUAAAAAAACUGAGCUGAGGUAGCUUAGAGAUGUAGCGAUGUGUGUGUGUGUCCGUGUGUUGUGUUCUGUUCUGUUUUGUUUGGUUUUGAAACAAGAAAAUAAGAAGUCCCUCCUCCACUGAAUUCUUAAAGAAGGAGGGGAUUGGUUUUGUUUUAAUUGCUGAUGCUGGCACAUCAUUUUGCUGGAGAGUUUUUUAUAUACUGUAGCCUUAUUUCAUAUCGUAUUUUAAACCAUGUGAAAUUAAAAAAAGAAUAAUUCAUAA